UAUAUACUAGAAAGGAUGGAGAGAGGUUAAUAAGUAGGUAGUUAUUUACUAGGUAUUCGCUGAAAAACAUGUAUUUUAGAAUAUGUAGAGACUCCAAAGGGUACAAUCAUAGUAAAUAACGUUUAAAAUCCACUUACCUGUAAAACAGCCUGCACACGACAGUCAACCCGCAGAAGGUUUAAAUGAUCUUGAGUUUGGAAAAUGUUUUUCACGAACACUAAUUCACUUGGGUUCACAUUUCACUUUUGAAAAUCGUUGUGGUCUUGCGGUUUUUUUUACAAUAAUGAAUAACAUUUACUGUAACCGACGAAUUGCGGAGCGAAACUACCCUUUUCCAAUAAAAUUGCUCUAUAAAAGACGACUACUAGCGUCAUCUAUCGCGGCAACUAACCAAUCCCGAAUCUGAACAACGAAAUGCCAGUAUAACAACUUGUAUUAUUUUGCGCUCACCAGCUGUCGCCACUGUAGAGAAAGAUCUUGUUUUAAAAAUUUAAAUCAAAAUUAUUUUACUCGCGCAAGUCACUGGCACACUUUGACUGACAUUCUGAAAAACGAACCGCGUUUCCAUGACAACGGGUCCAAACAAACAAAAAUAAACAAACACCGGGGUAUUAUUGUUGAUUUAUUAUUUAUUGAUAAAAUAAAGUGAAAUAAUGUCUUCCCUGAGUGGUUAUGAUAGCGAUGCCAUUGGAUUCGAGUCUGUAUCCCAGAGUAAAAGGCUAGAAACUAGCACAUCGACGCAAACUAGUGAGUAUGGGGAGUCUGGAGUCGGUUCGCAGACGAAUUUCACCAAAGAUUGUGGGUCUACCGCUUCUCCUAGUGACCUGAACGCUCAAGAAGACGUCUUGAAAGAGUAUCCCCCUCCAGGAUUAAACGCCUUCCUCAGAAAAGUCCUACCAGGCGUGCUGGAGCAACUAGAUCAGAAUGAUAGGGAGAUGCUGUAUAAUUCUUCAGAUUCUGAUGAAGAGGAGACGGUUACAGCUAAGCUAUUCCAAGAAAUGAAGACUAAUAAAGACACCCCUGGCUUAGGAAGCGGAGACCAUCAGCUAGCAUCCAUCUUAUCUCUAUCCUGGAGCAGUGCAGGCAACUCUAUAGCUGUAUCGAUCGGGCAGACGCAGCACGAGCGUUGGUGUGAGCAUGAAGGCUUGAUCAGAGUCUACACAGUCCGCAGAACAGCUGGAGACAAGCUAGUCCAUUCAAUUGACAUCACUGAGAAGAACUGCGUCACAGUUGUCAAGUACCAUCCGUCUGUAGCCGCGCUGUUAGCAUACGCCACGAGUUCCGGCGAAGUCGUCCUAUGUAAUUUGAGGGAUUCUGGAAAUGUUAAUGAGGGGAUGCAGUUGACGUCCCCUGCUGGCUGUCACGGAGGCCGCAGCGUCUCUGCUUUACUCUGGGCUGAUGCAUCCUUAGCUCACAUGUUUUUGACCAUGCAAAUCCAGAAUACAGGAAAAAGGCGCGGCGCCUCCGAUCAGAUUCUGAUCUCCGCUGGGUCAGACGGCACCAUCAACGUUUGGCAAGUGAAUGCCAACCUGAAAAUAUUUGAAAACGUAGUGUCCUACGCCCUGAAUGGGUCAAAGAAAGUACCAGCGCCUGAUAUCAGUUGUUUCGACUUCAUAAAGAGUUAUCCACUGCGACCGUCGGAGGAGAAGGUCGCUGAUGACGUUUUUGUGGUGGGAUCCAAGGCUGGGGGACUGUUGCUGUGCCGCGUGAAGACUGCUCAGCCGCUACUUGAGAGCAAGAUGGCGGACCCGGUGUAUGACGUGCUGGACAGCCACGGGACCUGUGUGCUGGACGUGGCCUUCAGUCUGCAGAGACCUGGGAUCUUCGCGUCGGUGUCUAUCGACUCGGAGCUGAGAGUGUAUGAUAUCAACCAGGGUAGUCCUUUGAAGGUCAUCUGUCUAGACACACCAGUGUCCUGUAUGUCUUGGCUUCCAAACAACCCGUGCGUGCUCGUGCUAGGCCAGGCGCGGGCUGAGAAGCAUCUGGUGCGGCUUCUAAACGUGUCUGGAGGACGCGCGGUGCCGGUUGAAGGGCUGACUGGUGCGGGGACGGUUACUGCUGUCGCUGUCAACCAGAGCGGGUCAUGUCGCAUCGCAGCAGGUGACUCGGAGUGCAAUUUGCGCAUCUGGGAACUCCCAGCGCGCCGCAUUCGACUCUCGCCCGAAGAUUUGGAGUUUUAGCGACGAAUUGGUUUAAUUCAAGUCUGUAAGCACGAAUCUCUCGUAUCAGGGUUCUCCUUAAACUGUAGCUCCUUAAACAGCUGUU